AUGGCGUCUCAGUCGCACAAGAAACACCUCGACUUGACACUCUAUCUCGUCACUGAUUCAACGCCUGCCAUUCUCGGUGAUGCAGACCUAACAUGGGUCGUCGAAGAAGCCAUAAAGGGUGGUGUCUCCAUCGUCCAAUAUCGUGACAAGCAUGCCGACACCGGAGACAUGAUUGAGACGGCAGCGCGGUUACAUGCUGUUACCAAGCAGUACAAUGUACCACUCCUCAUCAAUGAUCGUGUUGACGUCUGCCUUGCGGUAGGCGCUGAGGGAGUCCAUGUAGGUCAGGAGGACAUGUCUUUGUCUCAGGUUCGCAGCCUUCUGGGUCCAGAUGCAAUCAUUGGGGUCACUGCGUCGUCUAUUGCAGAGGCCAGCAAGGCCAUUGACGGCGGUGCUGACUACCUGGGCGUGGGUACCAUGUUCGCGACGCCUACGAAGACGGAUACCAAGUCAAUUAUCGGCACUAAGGGCACUCAAGCUAUAUUACAGACCUGUUCGACCGGCACUAAGAAGUCUGUCCCCUGUGUUGCCAUUGGAAGCAUCAAUGCCUCCAAUGUUCAGCGAGUCCUGCAUCAGAGUGCGCACAAUGACAAUCAACUGAGCGGCGUGGCAGUGGUGAGUGCGAUCAUGGCAAGCCACGAUCCUCGCGCAGCGGCAAAGGAGCUCAAGGCCCUCGUAACGUCUGCACCGGAGAAAUACUAUGCAGCCGCUGCCCCAGGAUCUGACAUUGUCUCCGAUACAGCUCGUCUACUUUCCAAGCUACCUGCAAUCAUCGCUGCUCACGUGGACUCAUCUGUGCUUUGCCACAACAUGACCAAUACUGUUGUACAAAACUUUGCUGCCAAUGUUUGCUUGGCCACAGGCUCGUCGCCCAUCAUGUCCAUCAACGCACGAGAAGCUGUGGAUCUUGCGAAGCUUGGAGGCGCCCUGGUCAUCAACAUGGGUACGGUUACUCCUGAUACGAUCAACGCCUACUUGUCUGGCAUGAAGGCUUACAAUGCUGCUGGUAACCCUGUGUUGUUUGAUCCGGUGGGUGGAGGUGCGACGACCUUGAGGCGAGACACGAUCAAGACUUUACUCACCGGAGGCUUUUUCAGCGUUAUCAAAGGCAAUGAGGGUGAAAUUUCUGCAGUUGCCGGAACCUCAGACGUGCAGCAACGAGGUGUCGAUUCUGGGCCUUCGACUUCAACGGAGGAGACCAAAGUAGCCUUGGUGAAGGCGCUCGCCAGAAGGGAGAGAUGCAUCGUACUGAUGACAGGCGCUACCGACUAUCUAUCAGAUGGCGACAGAACACUUGCAAUCUCAAAUGGCAGUCAUUGGCUCGGCAGAAUAACGGGAAGUGGAUGCGCCCUCGGCAGCACCAUCGCAAGCUAUCUUGCUCUUCACCGGGAAGAUAAGUUCGUUGCAGCCGUGGCGGCUAUGCUUCACUAUGAGAUUGCAGCGGAGCGGGCUGCCACCCACUGCACGGGUCCAGGGACCUUCAUCCCAGCGUUUCUCGAUGAGCUUUACCUACUUGGUCAAGAAGUGAAGGAUGGAAGAUACCACUUAUCAGAGCAAAAUGCAAAGCUACGAUGGCUUUGA